UUUUUUAAGGUCCAAGCUUUUACAAGCAUUUUAAAUUCUACACAUUUUCACUUCAAUACAAAAAUGGAUGAUUUAAUUUUUUGUAGAACACUGGAUAACACUGGAUAAUAAGGACAGAAAGACAUUUAUUCGUAUGUUUUUGAAAUGCCAGUUAACUUAGAAAUCAUUUACCAUCAUAUCUUUUUUAAACAGAAUGUCUACUCUACUCUCCUCCAUAGAACAUUCGAUGAAUGAUGAUUAGAAUUUGAGCCUGUUUCUUUUUGUGAUGCUUUAUGUUGUUAUGUGCUUUAUGCAGCUUGACAACCCUAUAGUCACCAUCCACUUUUAUUACAUGGAAAACAAGUCCCUUUGUGUUCCACCGAGGGAAAAAAAAGCCAGUUGUUUGGAAUAUACAGUUUAGAAUGAGGGUGAGUAAAUAAUGUUUUUUUUUUUUUUUUUUUUUGAUGUAACAAUGUAUUGGCCUACAUGCUGAAGUUCUAAAAUUGAGCCUUAUGUAAAUCAAUAACCUGUCCCUUGUUGAAGCAUUUGUUUCUCUGGAUCUCUUCCCAGUUUCCCUGAAAAUUAUAAAUGCACAAUGGUGGAGGGAAGUUGAAAGUGUUUUGACUGUCAAAUGACAGUGACAGUCUAAGUCCUGUGCUCAGGCAGGCCGUUCUGCGUCCGUAUCUCUCACCAUGAUUGCAGCAUUUGAGUUGAUUUGCAUUACUGUUCUUUGCUGAGCUGCACCAGGGAAAAGUGCUUUUGUAUUUUCAUUUGCUUUGUUCAUAUAGUCACCGUUUCCAUUCAGAAUAGUCUAUAUGCCAAAUAGUCUAUGUGCCAAAGAAAACUUACAUGCUCUAUGAUUUUUUUUUUCAUCACAAAAGUGCACCUUUAUCAUUGUGCUUGAAUCAUAUGAACGAUAAGUUUAUGGUUGUUGUAAACUAGGGUUUCUCAUAUUCUUUGUGGGAUUUUCUCAGACAAUGGACUGUUAAAUUUGCCUCUUUAUCUAUGUAUUUAUACACCAGGUCAUUUUAUAUAACCUCUACAGUAUAAGGAUUUCUUAUAACUGGUCAAAUUUACUACUGGACACAUUUUAAAUAUUAAUCAUAUCUCAAUUGUAUUUGUGUAAAUCUUUUAACAGCCAUUUUGCUAAAAUCUUACAGACGUUUUUGUGAACCAGAAAGCUCAAUAACUGAUUGAAAGUUGAUUGUGAAAUCUGAAUAGGAUAUAGUUUUGUGUUCAAAAUCAUGUUUUCGCCAGUCACGCACAAUCGUAAUGGUCAAGAAUAUUUAUACAAACCACCAUUGUUAAGCUCAUCUAUACGUAGUUGCUGUGUCAGCCAGAGAUCUGCCAUGUAAUAUUCAAAACUCUAAGCAUGGCCGUAUGGUAGGAGUGUCCAAAAAAGUACCCCAACCCCACCCAUUGGUGCCCUACAAUUUCAAAUGAAGUUACUAGUUCCCAAAGACUGAGGGAGAUAAGCAAGCGAGCAGAGGACCAGACUACGCUCUCAUACCUCAGACGUCCUGCAUGAUCUGUGCACUGGUGUGAAUCUAUUCACCUGAUAAACAAGAUCCUCGAUACAUCACUUAUGGAGAACUCAUCCGAGCAGUCUCGUUGGGUGUCCCCCAGCCUGAUUAGUCCAGACCCACUGGCAAACUACACCACAGAGCCUGGUUUACUGCCACCCAGCGAAGAUGACGAGCCUUUCUACUCCAGCUGUGAGACUGACUUACUGCCAUCAUAUUAUUCCACGAGCGGACAGAGCCGAGCCUCAUCAUCUUACAGACACAGUCCAGUUCGCCAAGUCUACUCCUCUCCAUCAAUUCUGGGAAACAUCCAGUGGCUGGACAACUCUGCUGGUCACUCUCUAAACUCUUCCUACAACCCCACAUCCACUGUCUGGGCAAGCAGCCCAUUCACAAAGACGCCACUACACUCUCACACCUCCACAUCCAUCUACCCGAACAGCGCUACCCCAUCUUUCACUUCCUCCAAAGAUGGCUUCCCUUCCCCGAGCCAUGAUGGGAAGGAAAGUCCCAGGCUCCAGGAAGUCCUGAAAGCGGAGCGCCUGAGUCCCAUGGGUGGAAAUGGAAGCAGCUUUCUCAAUCUGAGUUCAGCGGCUGGAGGUGUGUAUGGUCCUUCUUCGCACAUGCUGGGUCCAUACGGGUCUUACAUGACCACGUCACAGGACUAUAGUUCAGCGGCACUCUAUUCUGCCGUGGGACCCUGGAUGAGCCCUUCAUCAUACUCACCCAAACUUUGCAACAAGAUGAGACUCUCGCCACCAGAGGCACGUGAAUGUGUAAAUUGUGGGGCCACUGCCACCCCUCUGUGGCGUCGAGAUGGGACAGGCCACUACCUCUGUAAUGCUUGUGGACUGUACCAUAAGAUGAAUGGCCAGAACAGACCCCUCAUCAGACCAAAAAAGAGGCUGAUUGUCAGCAAACGUACUGGAACGCAGUGCGCCAACUGCCACACGAGCACUACAACACUAUGGAGACGCAAUGCCAGCGGCGAGCCUGUAUGCAAUGCCUGCGGCCUCUAUUUUAAACUGCACAACGUCAACAGGCCAUUAACUAUGAAGAAGGAUGGAAUACAGACACGGAAUCGCAAGGUGUCUAACAGAAACAAGAAAGGCAAAAAGAGUGCAGCUUCAGAGGUUUACCCUGACAUGUCUCACAUGGCAGCUCCUGAUGAGCAUGUAGGACACUACUCUCUGAAUCCAGGACCCCUCCUGUCCUACAGUCACACCCCUCACCUGCUGACCCCUUCCACCUUGCACUCUUCUCCAACUUUGCCCUACACCCACCACCCAAACUCUGGCAUGGUGCCCACACUAAUGUGAAGAAAAUGUCUAUUGAAGGUAAUGUCCAUAACGAGGCAUGUACAGUACAUUGUAUUGUACAUUACAUAAAAGCAUUUCAUCAUAUUUUUUAAGUAAAAAGAAAAUGCGUUAAAGCUGCUCCAUAACAGUCACAUUCUAACAGCUUGUCACUGAUUUUGAACCGGUCAUGUUUGAAUAGUGGAACAGUAAAACUGAAACUGUCAGCUAUAUUAUAAUAACAAAUGUAAAUAUUUAUGAUUUUGUGGCUUUUUGUAUGUGCUAGAAUCAUACUACGACUUCUUCUAAGAUGAUCAAUAAAUGUCUUAUAAUUAAAUGUUUUGAGGUUGAAAUGACAUAAUGACAUAUUGCAAGUUCAAUACUAUAAUACACUGAUAAAUGCUUCAGAAGUG